GCCGCGGGGCGGGGGCUCUCGCUGUACUUAUUAAUUUGAAUCACGCAGGCAUCAGCGUCAUCGUCGUCAUCCUCUAAGGCAGCUUCUGUCUCUUUUCAGCAGACAUCGCAACUUGUUGUACCUAAGCGAGUCGUAAAUGCUCAAUAAAGUCGAAGAUGUUUCCACAUUCGCGAUUCUUCCGACGUCCUGGCGAUUGUGUUGGUCCACUUCGGCCAGGAUUGGUAGUGCACUUUGAUGUUCUGAAGAGCUACGCUAGUGGUGUGACGUAAUUCAACUUGCAGGAGAAGGAGAACUCGGAAGAACAGGAUCACGGCAUAGGUGGUUCCGUGGCAACAACCCACCCGGAACUGUUCACCGCUGGUGGAUCAGCAUGCCGGCAUUGGUGGAAAGGGGCCGAAACAUGCACGCGUCGCACCGCGGCGGCUCCGAUCAUCCCGAUCUUGAUCUAGUGGACUACAACAUGACGGUGACGAAUUACCAUUCAGAUCACCAACAUCCAGAGGAAAAUGCCGAACGGCGUCACCAGGAUUUGGAUCAUGUUGACGGUCAACAUGAAGAGCUGAUGGCCACCUUUGACGCCACCGAGGACAGGACACAGUUCAGGCGCAACAAGAAGAAUUCGAGACGGGCAACGAGAUCACCCUCUGGACCCAAGAAGAGGAAUACAAUUUUGAAGAUUUCUGACUGCAAUAUCUUCGAGGGCGACUUCAUUGCGUUUUGCCACGUGUUUGCCGCAGGGGUUACGCUUGUCAUGGCCCGCGUUACCCCCGGAGCUUGUUUGCUGGAGGAACUCGGCUUCACGCUGGCGGAGCUGGCCCAUUGCGAUGCUCUGUUUUGGUCCGGCUUUGUCAUUAUCAAAUGUAAAAAUGUCUGGGUCUGGAAGAAUGCAAGAUUUGUGAUGCAGGUUUUCCAUGACCCAUGAGGUCUGGAAUGCGAGACCCAGCAUGACAGAUUUUUUGAGGUCUCUAUCAAUAUCAUGCCUUUCCUGCAUGAGAAACUCCCUCUCAACUUGGUCAAAAGCGGACAGCUUUUGGUACUCACGCAACACAGAUUUUUGUAUUUUUGUAUCCUUCGGAUUUAGCAUGACAAGUUCCAAUCUUCCAGACCCAGACAUUUUUACAUUUGAUAGUCAUCACGCAGAUCGUCCUCUUCGCGCCCUUCUUGGACCUAUUUCGCCCGAACAGCGACGAGAAUGACCGAGAUGAGGAGGAAUUCUUCAGCAUAAAGCGAGAUUUUGGCAGCGGCUCUUCCGAGAGGACAAAAAAUGGUUCGCAGCAGGAAGUGAAUAGCCACGGGUAUCACGAUGUUGAAGACGAAGAAGAAGCACAGGAAGAAGAUGAAAAGCAAAUUUUUACUCGCCCUCCGUACAAAUACAACGACCACUUCGCUGCAGCUGGAACUUCUGUUUCCCAGCAUCAUCAAGGAGGCUCAGGCUUCGUCGACGACGCUGAUCGAAUGCAGCUUCUCGACCGAGACUGCUAUAAUGCCUCUGCACUCGUUCGAGGACCCGCGCGUUCGGAAAAACUUUCUUCCGAGAGCAGCAGAGGACGAGGCGAGAAAAGUGCAAGGGCAAGCGAAGUCGACAGGUUGAUCCCUGUUGCGACCGCCGCGUAUUCACCGUGUGGUCUGACUAAGACCCACAUGACCCUUUCCGCGAGGAACUCGAAAUUGGUGACGUCCAAGACGGCAAUAACGCCAGGCGGCCUGCCGGACGGUCAUCCCGAGAAAGGCGGCCCGGAAGUUGUGCGACUUCAGGGUCAUCAGAGGCAGCGAAGCGCCGCUCCUCGCUCGACGGCGCAGCACAUCGGGAAGGCCAUUUUUCGCAGAUUUGUGCCGACCAGCUUCCGCAACUGGCUACAGCUGCCGACAGCCAUGCCAACAAGUUUGCAGGUGGUCUACAAGAACGAGAAGAAAAAGAAAAAUCAGAGUACCACGAGGACCAGUCAAGUGGGCGAAAGUGAUUCUCCUGGUGGAACAAGUCAUGAUCUGCAAUUAUUCGGCGGGAUUCGGAAAAAGCAAAUCGACGUUUUUCAAAAACCUAAGCAAGCGCUCCUGGCCGCGCUGCUGCUCUGCGCGAUCGUGCAGUUCUCGUUUCCCUCCUUGGCCACCUCGAAGGCCCUGAUGCUCCUGCAAACAAUCCACGGGGUGGCGCAGGGCCUCGCCUGUGCUGCUUGUGCGCAGACCUUCCGCAAAGUGGUGUACUCACCUAACCAAUCCACGCUGCUUCUCUGGGUCGCCUGGGGCACGACCAGCUUGGGACUCGGAAAAUUUUGCGGACCGCUGGUCACGGAGUGCAGUCUGGCGCUCGCGGCGCGGGCCCCGCCGGUUUCCACGAUCAUGCUGGAACUACAAAAAGUCAACCGCUUCGCCGGCAUGAGCACGAGUGGCAGCACGCCUUCUUCCGGUUUGGAGCAUGCUGCGGGAACUGCAGCGCCAAGGUGGAGCAGUGCUAGUGGAACAAGAUCUUUGUCGCGAACUGUUUCCUAUUUGCAACUCUUCGGUGAUGACGACGACGCUACUGUCAAAGAGAAGGAAGCGAGCCGAUUUUUUUUCGGCCUCAGCCCGUCACUUCCUGCCAUCCACGACGACGGAAGUUCGUAUAUUCCCUUGUGGCCGCUGGUGCAGCCGCCGUCCACAAGAACAAAGUCCCAGCAGGGCAAGGGAAUGGAGGCAGAGGAUAAAAAACAGCAAAUCACCAAAAAGAAAAACCAGAAGACCAAUGAUCGCGAGGAAGCAGAGCUGGAAAAAACGUCUGCCAAUAAACUUUCAUUUCUGCAAGACGAUGAAAAAGCUGCUGCGCCUCCUCCUGGUGAAAGUGAAGAAUCUACAACAUCGCGAGGAGCUGAAAGACCAAAAAAACAGGUGAAGCAAGGAGCAGGAAGCAGACAGAGGACUUCGAGUUUUAGUUCCGAAGCCCAACACAGAAAGAAAAUGAAAAGAACGGCACAUCGUCAUGAAGAUGUUGAUGAGAUCAAUAGGUCCGCACUAUUCAGUGUUUCAUCGAAAGAUCAUCUUCUGACAGCAGCGUCUACCGACGGUCCACAGGCACAGCCCGAGUCCGAGACGGCGGUCAUCCUCGGCGAACUCGGAAAGCGAAAGAAUGAAAGAACACAGAAAAUAGACGGAAAGGAGGAGAAGGAAGAAAAAGAAUCGGAGGAACAAGGGGCUGCUGCUCGUCCAGAACCAGAGAACAAAAAGAAGAAAAUCGAUUUCUUUGAUAGUCGAAUUUGGGCCGACUGGGACUGGUCCCGGGUGCUGUUUCACGAUCCACACGUCAAAAUGGACGAUGAGGAGCCACACACGGCGUCGUCCGGCGGAGAUGCAGCGGAUCGCGACAGCAACAAAGCACCGAAAGACCCACGGCAGUUGGUGUCGCAAUCGUGGCGGAGGUGGAAGCGAAUGAAUGGCAGGGAGAUGAAAAGGCACGAGAGCGAACGGGAACUGGUCGAAAAGCAACAAAUAAGUGAGCUAGAAGCGAUCACGACAGCAUCAGCAAGUGAGGCGUCAAAAGCAAAAGUAGAACAGGAAAAAGAUGCAAAGUCUGAUUUGGACGGUGCGGGCACCGAUACAGCAGAUGCAGAAGGAACACAGGACGACGAAAAUAAAUCUACGGAGGAUUUGAUUCGAUCCCUCCUGCGGUCCCACUCGACGCAGAUUGAGGAGGCGCACGAGAAACUUGAAGAAGAGGAAGAGGAGGAGGCAAUUCUGGACGACAUCCGGAAUUUGCUCCGCGAGCGACGACGGGAAAAGGAAAAAAUGCGCUACGCGGAGGAUGGCGCGACUUCGGUUUCUUCGGAAACAUCCUCAGCGCCCGCUGUUGAAAAAGCUGGUAAAAGGAGGCUAUCCACUCAGUUCCAGGAAGAGGAACGGGAGCUCAUCGAGGCGCUGUCCAAACGAAUCGCGAAAAGCUCCUCCGAAGGCGCAGCUACACACACGGAAGAGCAAGAAGCUGGAGAAGUGGAAGCUGCUGGACGAGGUGAGCGAGAAGAUGGCGGACACAAGCCCUCGGCAUCACCGACACCAGGAAAAGGACACUACACUGGACGGAGCAAGACAAAGAGUGCAACUGAGCGUGAAUCUGAAAAGCAUUCUGGCGGAAUCUCCUGGGAUCCGAAGUACAACAAAAGGGAGCACCAGCAUCAACAUGACGGCCACAAAAAAUCUCACUCGCACAAUCUCGGCAGCGGCAGCAGCAGCAGCUCUAUCGGCAUCUACAAGCAUCGAAGUACUAGCACAUCGACCACAAAAGCCUUAGGCGACGACGAGGGCGCAACCAGUAAAAGCACAAGCUCGGACCUCCAUACAAUUACAAAUGACGCAAAGGGAAAAGAUGACAAGAACGCGGAAGGACAAAGAGCUACUUCUUCAAAUCCGGACGACGCGGCCGCAGAGGAGAAAAGUGAAAGGGACCCGGAGUACGAGGACAAAUUCGCUUUUGGUGCGGCUUCGCCAGCGGACAUGUUCCAGUUCCACGCACCGUUUGUGUCGCACGGCAUCAUCUUCCUGAUUCAGGCCUUCCUUGUUUUUUGCACCUUAUCUGUGCCGCAGAAGUCAAAGCUAGAAAGAGCCCAGGAUGAAAUUCUGGCGCAGAAGGAGCGGAAAGCAAGGAUUCAAAAUGGUAUGUUCUCCUCUCAUCGCCAUCGCCGGCGUCCGGACGUCGAGGGUGCGUCCAGAACUACAAGCAGGCUUAGAAAUGGAAACGUUUCCAGAAACACAGGGUCCUGUCGUGGAAGUGGUGUACGUGGAGGGUCUUCAUCCACUUCCUCAUCUUCCAGUUGUGCGAAUCCGUCCUCAUCUUCGUCGGCCGAAAGUGAAGCCCAGGAUCAGGCCCAUCUCCAGCAUCAGGAAGAGGAACUGGUUAGUUUUUAUUCCGAUCGCGAGUUCGAGAGCGUUGAGGACCUCGAGGACGAAGAUAUCUCGCCGAUCAUGUUCGUGCAGGACCACGAUUUAGACCAUUGUAUCCACGGCUCCUCCAAAAAUGCGGCUUUAGAAGAACCAACGCAGCAAGCGGGAAGAGCAGGCGUGCAGCCAGGGUAUUAUCCGGGAAGUGUGGACCGGUUGCAGCAGGGCAGCAGCUUUUUCCAAACUUACACGCGACCCGACGAAGGCGGGCCUCAAAGCAGGGGGCAUGGGGCCGCUGUAGCGGCAAGCGUUCGCAUUCUCGCGCGAGGUAAAGGCACCACCAGCCGGCGUCCUGCACAAGAACGUCCGGCGCAGCCUGAUCCUGCUGCGGCGCAACACUGGGGCACGUAUUACGAGAAUGAGGAUCAAGAAACCAGCAUGUCCGCGGUUUCAGUGUCAGACGUGGAGUAUGAGGAUCGGCGCGGUGGGGUCGAGCACCUUGAUGUUUCAAAUCACGGACCAGUGCUGCGACGAGAUAACGACAACGACAGCACUCAACCUCGAGAAGAAAGCCCCAUUGUCGUGAAGGUACUUUACAGCACUCUUACUCAUUUAUUGCGCGCUGGUGCGGCAUGACUUUAAUGUAUUCAGUUUCGUCAUCAAUUUUAGUAGUUAGACCUUAAAAAAAUUUUGGAAAAUCACGGUCUCAUUAUCAACAUCGAUCUUCCAACGCGUCAAAAUAAACAAAUUGCAGGUUGUUGGUGGCGUUAUCCGCGUCACUUCCAACGCCGAUCCGGAAGAGCCGCGCUCUCGUCUCAUGGAGGACCACUCGCAAAUAAGCAACUUUGAGAACAAAUCCUCCAACCUGGACGGACGACCCGGCUCGUCCGGCAAUUCGGCCACCAGCAUACACUUACCGGAUAACGAUCCAGCGGAAGUAGAGGAGAUACAGUACGAAGGAACCAAAGAACCACGACGGGCGGUGGGGGAGCAGCUAGUAGAAGAAGGGGUGUCCUCUUCUCAGCGACGAGAGGACCACGACAGCAACAUGAUGAUCUCUUCCAGUCUUCAAGCGCUGCAAACGGCGCUCCAGCAAGACCGGUCGCACAGAAAAGAGCGCCUGGCGUCGCUGACGUCGAACAGCGAUCACGAUGCCGGUCGUCAAAGUAGCAGAAGAGGCCGGCGUCAACAUGAUGGUUCUGCUGGUCACCGCGGACGAGGAGGUGUGCUGUCGCAUGGUCCAAGCGCCGACAACUCGUCGAAAAAUUCAGAGGAGAUGAAUUCGACGGGCGGCACAAGCAGUCUCGAGCCGUCUAGUAUCGUCAACACCGCGAGGGAUCAUAAUUUCUACAGCGCGUAUGAAAGACAAGAGAUUAGUACGACGACCUCGAUGCGAUCGUCUAAGGAAGUAAACCUGAAUCCCUACAAGAAUAGCAGCAGCAGUUCCACUCUGUACGUGGGCAACAAUGACAAAACCACUCGUGCAGCAGUACAAGCAGCCGGAAACCCCGGGGGCGUGGUCACGAACAUUCUGAACUCUAGUCAUACGGCUUGCCUGUCUGCUCCGCACUACGCAAUCGACACGCCGGGAGUCGCCAGUCGGGAUGUCAGAGACCAAGCCGAGGAUCUUCUGACCAGGAGCGGUGCCACGGCCUGGUAUUUGACGCAGAGUGGUAGUAUUUUCUGAAAAUUUUUCAACCAUCCCCAUCGAAUUGGAAUUUGUCAGGCAAAAGAUGGAGUAAAGUUGGCUUUGUUUUGUCAUGCAAUGCUGGUUCCGCAUCCUCGCCCACCCGACCCCCUGGGGAGAAGAGCCAUUGCCUGUUGCGCUGGGUGCGAGUGCGGAGGGAGGUGUCCACUACAUCAUGAUGACGGUGAUGCAAAAAGUGGAUGUGGAUGGUUAAAAAUUUUCAGAGCAUAAAUAGCGGCAGCAGUUCAGCAGCGUCAACCGCUCGCGGAGGUAGUCAUCUGUUGCAGCUGACGACAGGCGCAUCACUUUACCACCCGCAGAGGGAAGUUGCAGGAAGACGCGGGAGUGGCUUGCUCGAGCACGAGCAGCGGCUGCGGCAGGAUGAUCUCCUACAUCAAGCUGAUGAAGUCGUAGAUAUGGAGGACAUGCAACUUGUCCAAGUUGCUCGACAUAACUUUCUCGGCGAAGGACAGGAAAUGUUGGCCAGUAGCACGAAUGCGCCUACCGCGGCGUCGCAAGAGACAACCUCGACGUCCACCUCCCGCAACAUCCUCUCCGCCACUGGAAUCAACCUCCUCGGACCGUUUUUCAGCUCGGUUUGCAUUUUAUGCGUCGCUAUGUUGGAGGCGGCCUACGUGCUGUGGCUCACGUUUAGCUUUCCACGCGGCGUCGGAACCAUGUUUCUCGCAUUGCACGGGCUUGGCGACGCCUCGAGCGGUCCCCUGAUCGCACUGCUCAUCGUCUCCAGUACGACGGCAGACGCAGAGACAAGGAGAGUAAGAACUUCAUCCGGUGAAAGAACAACGACAACGAGGACCUCCUCUCAUGCAGGAGCCCUUCUAUCCAACGGAAUGAUUGACAACCGUGCCACGACAGCCGCCAACAGCUUCAACUCCCGAACAGUCAGUCGCGUUGUGACGACCCGAUUCGACCUGCGCUUGGCCGUGUGGGUGUUGUGCUUCGGAUUAGCUUGCAUCUUCGUGUUCCUCCUCCGCAUAGAACAGAACCCAAUUGACACGUAUUGUCAGCUGCUCACCGCAGUUUCGGUCUAUUUCCUCGGCGUUCUGAUGGCGAGCAUUCGGGCGCUGUUCGGCGGCUUUAUCCUGCUCACCUGCAACGUGGAAACCGCAAGACUGCAAAUCCCGUUUUUUUGGUGCAGCGGCCACUUUCUGUGCAACUUCAUCACCCCCGUUAUUGGGGUCGGUUUGCCGUUGAGCCAAUUUUUAGCCUACUUCGCGAUUGUGUUGUCUUGCGUCGUCACCCUCGUACUCAGCGGCGAAAAGACCGUUCGAGGAUUCGUCAGGUCACCGUGAGGAGCAGGUACAACAAGUCGUGAGUGUUACUGUUCGUUUAUAACGACGACCUUGAAACCUCCUGCCCAACACGAGCAGGACGGCAGUGAGAAAGUGAAAACAAAAUAAUUCUGAAAUUAAGAACCUGAGAUAGAUCUUCAAUAUCGUGAAAGUCGGAAAUAUGCAUGUCUAUGAAGUUUCAGAAUCCGAUAAAUUUACUAAAAAUAUGCACAAUUUAGAGAAGUCAGUAUAAAUUCAACAGCCUUUUUUGUUCAAAAACAAAUAGAUAAUGCCUCUGUAUAUUCCACGGAUGUAGGAUGAAAUUUUUCUUACUUUUUUGUUUCUUUUUGAUUUUGUAGCUGCACGAGUGUAGUGAAAAUGUUGCUUAACGACGUAAAGAAAAAGACCGACGUAAAGAAAUUUACCAGUGGCUUUUCCACCAGAAUUAACCAUGUAAAAUGUAACGGAGCAGCCUGACUCAAAGUCAGAGCGGCCGCAGCAGGAGUGCCGUCGAAGUUCUAUUCAUAAAAAUUAGCAAUGACAUCAAUGUCAAUGUUGUUGCUGCAGCACAAC